AGCUGCUUCACAGAAGCUGUACAGUACUCUUGAAGAUCAGACCAUUUUUAGACUUUCGCAAGCAAGAAAUGUCCGAAAACAGAGAACUGAUCAAACACGGACAGGACGACAGUGAUGAAGAUUCUGAUAUUCUUCAUACCACACGAAAGCACGAAGGAGAUGGCCACGUAGGUUACGCCUCGACAAGUGGAACCGGCAAGAAAGUAGUUAAAAGAGAAGUAUUCACACAGCCAAGUGUAAAACUUGCCACGGUGAAUGCUUCAGUAAAGAACCUCGUAAGCAUGAUCGACACGUUCGACAGACCAGAAGGAACCUACGUAGAAGGCACCUACAUUAAAAGCGGCACAUAUAUCAGAGGUCUUGAAGACGCGCCGGGAGAGAGGCUUCCCAGGUUUGGAGCCGGUGCUGAAGCAGGAGUCGGACGAGCCGGCGCUGAAUUCAGUGUGUUUGAGGCCGAAGCCAAAGGCCCCAACGCCUCGGCUGGAGUUGAAGCCAAUGUCACUGGAGUCGGAGCGAUGGCUCGAGCUGAACUCGCCAGCGCCUCAGCUCAGGCCGGUCCGGUCGGCGUCAAAGUGGGGCUUGGAGUGGACACCGGUGCCUCUGUUGGUGCGGACGGGGUGGAGGUCAAGUUCCUGGGAACCGGAUUCUCCAUUGGUCCAAAAACCAGUAUAUCUCUUCUGGGUUCAGAGGUGUCAUGCUCCGUCAUGUAACCGGACAGUUUGGAUCCAGCCUUUGAGAAGAUUUCACGGCGAAGACUUCAGCUCUGGAUCUACAUACAAAACUGACAACUAUCGCUGUCUGAUGUGAUUUUUUCUUUCAUUAAUCAUAAAUAACAUUUCUUUUUCUUGCAUUCCUAACAUCUGUAUGCUUUCGGGAGCAAAUUGCUGAACUGCGCCUUUGAAAAAACAAUUACUUUACUCGACACUUGAAGCGGAUCCAAACCAAAACUAUUCAUGUGUAACUUUUUUUUGAUUCACUUCAAAUGUUUGCUACUGUAAAUUGUAAUGAAUCAUGUCAUCUAUGCUAUAUAUCCUGCUGUAUUCUUUUGGUCUGGAGGUUGUGAUUAAAGCAUAUAGAGUUAUAUUUCUAUUGCUUUUCUCUUCGGUGCUGUCAUUCUCGGUGUAUAACGCAUUGUUGACGUAAUAUUCUGGAUCAAUCUUUUACCUUUUAUACAA